GACGAAGUGGCGGCGGCGGCGGAGCAGGAGCAGGAGCGGGCAGCCGGGCGCGGGCAGAGCGUGGCGGCGCGGGUGUAUUCCAGAUUUCAAACGUUUUUGGUAUAUUGGCACUGAGUUGUCAAGGGACUCAGGCUUAUGAGGAGCUUCUGUCACACACAACAGUGUCUAGUGAAGACGACAAGAAAGAGGGAAAAGGAUCCAAGGAAAAAGCCAAGAUACUAUAGAAAACCAUGAGAUCUAUUCGAUCUUUUGCCAACGAUGACCGCCAUGUUAUGGUGAAACAUUCAACAAUCUAUCCAUCUCCAGAAGAACUUGAAGCUGUACAGAAUAUGGUGUCUACUGUUGAAUGUGCUCUUAAACAUGUCUCAGAUUGGCUGGAUGAAACAAAUAAAGGCACAAAAGUAGAGGGUGAGACAGAAGUGAAGAAAGAUGAAUCUGUAGAAAACCAUUCCAAGGAUCAAGGUGGUCGGACAUUGUGUGGCGUAAUGAGGAUUGGCUUGGUCGCAAAAGGCUUGCUCAUUAAAGAUGAUAUGGACUUGGAGCUGGUUUUAAUGUGCAAAGAGAAACCCACAGAGACCCUGUUAAACACAGUCAAAGAGAAUCUUCCCAUUCAGAUUCAGAAACUCACAGAAGAGAAAUACCAAGUGGAACAAUGUGUGAAUGAGGCUUCUAUUAUAAUUCGGAACACGAAAGAACCCACACUCACUUUGAAGGUGAUACUCACUUCCCCCCUCAUUAGGGAUGAAUGGGAGAAGAAGGAUGGAGAAAAUGUUGCAAUGAAAGAUCCUCCGGACUUACUGGACAGGCAGAAAUGCCUGAACGCCUUGGCGUCUCUCCGACAUGCCAAAUGGUUUCAGGCAAGGGCAAAUGGAUUAAAAUCAUGUGUAAUUGUUCUCCGCAUUCUCCGUGACUUGUGCAACAGAGUCCCCACGUGGGCACCAUUGAAAGGAUGGCCACUAGAGCUUAUAUGUGAAAAGUCUAUAGGUACUUGUAAUAGACCUUUGGGCGCUGGGGAGGCCUUGAGACGAGUAAUGGAGUGUUUGGCAUCUGGAAUACUACUUCCUGGGGGUCCUGGUCUUCAUGAUCCUUGUGAACGAGACCCCACAGAUGCUCUGAGCUAUAUGACGGUCCAGCAAAAAGAAGAUAUUACCCACAGUGCACAGCAUGCACUCAGACUGUCCGCCUUUGGCCAGAUUUAUAAAGUGCUGGAGAUGGACCCCCUUCCAUCAAGUAAACCUUUUCAGAAGUAUACCUGGUCAGUUACGGAUAAAGAAGGUGCUGGCUCUUCAGCUUUAAAGAGGCCUUUUGAAGAUGGAUUGGGGGAUGAUAAAGACCCCAAUAAGAAGAUGAAACGAAACCUAAGGAAAAUUCUGGACAGUAAAGCAAUUGACCUUAUGAACGCAUUAAUGAGGCUGAACCAGAUCAGGCCUGGGCUUCAGUACAAGCUUCUGUCUCAGUCAGGCCCUGUCCACGCCCCGGUCUUCACCAUGUCUGUAGAUGUGGAUGGCACAACAUACGAAGCCUCAGGGCCAUCCAAGAAAACAGCCAAGCUUCAUGUAGCAGUGAAGGUGUUACAGGCAAUGGGAUACCCAACAGGCUUUGAUGCAGACAUUGAAUGUAUGAGUUCUGAUGAAAAAUCAGAUAAUGAAAGUAAAAACGAAACAGUGUCUUCAAACUCAAGCAAUAAUACUGGAAAUUCUGCAACUGAAACCUCCAGUACCUUAGAGGUAAGAACUCAGGGCCCCAUCCUCACAGCAAGUGGCAAGAACCCCGUCAUGGAGCUCAAUGAGAAGAGAAGAGGGCUCAAGUACGAGCUCAUCUCAGAAGCCGGGGGCAGCCACGACAAGCGCUUUGUGAUGGAGGUGGAAGUCGAUGGACAGAAGUUCAGGGGUGCAGGUCCAAAUAAGAAAGUGGCAAAAGCAAGUGCAGCUUUGGCUGCCCUGGAGAAACUCUUCUCUGGGCCCAACGCAGCAAAUAAUAAGAAAAAGAAGAUUAUCCCUCAGGCAAAGGGGGUUGUGAAUACAGCCGUGUCUGCAGCAGUCCAAGCUGUUCGGGGCAGAGGACGAGGUGCUCUGACAAGGGGAGCUUUCGUUGGGGCGACUGCUGCUCCUGGCUACAUAGCUCCAGGCUAUGGAACACCAUAUGGUUACAGCACAGCUGCCCCUGCCUAUGGUUAAUACUUUUAAGCAGUUUUCAGCACGUUUAUCUCACUUUAUUCUCGUUCUCCUCGGACCUUCGUAGCCAUAUCACUUGUAUAAAAUAGGCUGAGAUAUAGUGACUGUAAGCUGUGAUCUCAGUAUACAAAGGUAAGCUCUUUUAUUUUCUGAUUAAAGAGAAAAAUAAUCAACACAACAUGCAUAUAUGACAAUCAUAUAUGAUGAAUUGGAUCUCUUAGGUCUUAUGUCAUCACAUUUCCUUAAUAGAUUUUAUGAUCUAAAUGUAAAAUUGUUGUUUUCAGUUUUUGUUUUACUGCCCCUGUAACUGCUUUUCAGUCAAGAGAAUCCUUUCAUUUCUGUGAAGUGUAUGUAUGUAUGUAUAUUUGUAUGUAUAGAAACUUAGGAUGCGACGUGUAUAUAAGUUACACUCAUGCACCUGUUUGCAUACAGGUGCAGUGGGAGGAUCAGUUCACCUGAGAUGGUUUUAAUGACAGGGCACUGGCCAAAGCACUGGCAUCUCCUAGGCGAGGAAGGUUUGUAACAGUGCUGCUGCUAACAGAUGUGCAUGAUCCACACGCAGAGCAGUUGCCCAGGAGAGGAUCAAAGUGCCAAUUUCUCAAGGAGAGAAGCUUCUCUGAGAAAUGAAAAUCUCUGAUCUGUGUUGUAUGCCCCAGUACAACAGCAAGAAGCCAUACCAAAAAAAAAAAAGCAAUAGAAAAUGGAAAAAACCAAAAUCUUAAGGUAACUAUGGAAAAAUACGUAAUUGACCAAGAUAAGCUAAUCAUCUGCAGAACCUACUUUGAUGAGACUCAGACUGGUGACUGCUGAGUCUGCAGAGACCAAACUGACUCCUCGCAGCCCUGCUGCCUUGCCGAGGCCCACAGCCAGGUUACCCCGUCUCAGCCGUGCUGAGCCCAGGUGCAGAAGCGAGGGUGAGGCCCAGGCCCAGCACUGACCAAGAUUGACUUCAUCUCAUGUGCCCAUAGAUGCAUCUCCUUAUGGAUUAGCUGUCCUGCGCUGAGGCUGUGUAUCACGUGUGCAUGUGAGUACAUACACACAGAUUAAAAUGAAUUUCACGGUUUUAUAUUGGUUUCUAAGUAGCAGUUUCUUUUUCUUACUAAUGCUAAGGUUGCUGGAACAACUUUUUUUCCAUACAGAAUCUGUCUGUACAUUUCUUGUGGCUUUGGCAGAUGUCACAGGCCCUGUGAGGGCUGCUGCCUGGUACUGAGCACAGCCCAGGCCUGGCCGUGUGCCAGCCAGGCCCCGCUGGAAACAUUGGAAGGCUGACACACCCCAUCGGUGGAGCUGAGCCUCUGGUUAACAUCUUGCUUUGGGAGACAAAUAGUACAUUAGCAGUGGCAAAAGAGUAUUAACUUGGUCAGUGGUUCAUUUGUAAGAUGCUUCAUAAUGCAGGCCCUUGAACGUCACUGAGGCUGGAGGAUUGCUUUCCCACUCAAGUCUCCCUGGCAGUUUUGAGAACCUGAAGCCUGCUCUGGUUCUUAUUCAUGGUCCUCUGUCCAACAAAGUCUAAGAGAGAUGAAUUUUUAAAAACAACAACAAACUUCCAACCCCUUUUUCAGUAGUAAAAC